AUGAAGGGAAGGGGGGGGGGGGGGGCGGGAAGCAAUACCUUCCUUAUAUGGAGCACUCGUGGCGGCUGGUGGCAGCGUCAACUACCCGUGACUUCUGGGGUCAGCGACCUGGUGGACCUUGCGCGCUUCGGCGCUGGAGAAUUGACCGACUACCCGGGCGUGGGGGAUAGAGGGCUCCCCGUUGGCGAGGGCCGCCACGUUCUCCUGGAGGAACUUUUUCGGGAGCUUCCCGACCACGUUGCCCUCCUCAUUCCCAUUCCGAUCCAAGAAGGCAAAGUGAGGGAUUCCCUCCACACCGAACUCAUCGAGCUCCUGCUCCCACUUGGUGUUGUCCACGUUCAGCAUCACAAAGUUAACCCGGCCCCUGAGAAGAAGAAGAAGAGGUCAAACUUGUUAGCCUACUUGCUGCUUAUACAAUACAAUCCAGUACAAAAAAUGAUGAUAAUAAUAAUAAGCGUUUAUUACAGAAAAAAGAAAAGAAAAGGAUAUGAAAAUAGAACAUAGAUGAGAGAAUGGUAAUCUGUGGGAAACCAACUAGUCAACCCCCUUGGCUUUGAAUGGUGGGAGAAAUCCGUGGAUUUAUUCAGGAAAAAAAGGUCAACAUGAAAAGAAUAAAGGUCAACUGUGAUGAGAAAAUAAUAUUUAUUUCCAUAUUGAUGGUGGCAGCAUUUAAUGAUGAGACCCAUAAUCUUCUGGAAAUGAUGCAGCUUAUCUAGGAGAUCAAAUGGAUUUGCCUCCGGAAUGCAUCUCAAACGGAAUAAAUUCAGUUUUUAAAAGAACCAAACUGAUUUGCGUCCAGGUCAACGGCUUCUGCAUACCAAAAAAAGGAAUGAAUCAAGAACAUUACUUGUAUUGUUCCUCGAUCUUGUAAACAUCGGGGGCCAGCUCACGACAGACUUCACACCAAUCUGCGUAA